GGCGCGGAGCCGAGGCUCCGAGGGGACGCGCCGGAGGGAUGGACGGGUCCGGGGAGCGCAGCCUCCCGGAGCCCGGCAGCCAGGGCUCGGCGACCGGCGACGACGUUGAGAUCGUCGUCAACGUAGGGGGCGUGCGGCAGGUGCUGUACGGAGACCUGCUCAGCCGGUACCCGGAGACCCGGCUGGCGGAGCUCAUCCACUGCUUGGCCGGGGGCUACGACACCAUCUUCUCCCUGUGCGACGACUACGACCCCGGCAAGCGCGAGUUCUACUUUGACAGGGACCCCGACGCGUUCAAGUGUGUCGUCGAGGUGUACUAUUUCGGGGAGGUCCACAUGAAGAAGGGCAUCUGCCCCAUCUGCUUCAAGAACGAGAUGGACUUCUGGAAGGUGGACCUCAAGUUCCUGGACGACUGCUGCAAGAGCCACCUGAGCGAGAAGCACGAGGAGCUGGAGGAGAUCGCGCGCCGCGUGCAGCUCAUCCUGGACGACCUGGGCGUGGACGCGGCCGAGGGCCGCUGGCGCCGCUGCCAGAAGUGCGUCUGGAAGUUCCUGGAGAAGCCGGAGUCGUCGUGCCCCGCGCGCGUGGUGGCGGUGCUGUCCUUCCUGCUCAUCCUCGUCUCUUCGGUGGUCAUGUGCAUGGGCACCAUCCCCGAGCUGCAGGUGCUGGACGCCGAGGGCAACCGCGUGGAGCAUCCCACGCUGGAGAACGUGGAGACGGCAUGCAUCGGCUGGUUCACGCUGGAGUACCUGCUGCGCCUCUUCUCGUCGCCCAACAAGCUGCACUUCGCCCUGUCCUUCAUGAACAUCGUGGACGUGCUGGCCAUCCUCCCCUUCUACGUGAGCCUCACGCUCACGCACCUGGGCGCGCGCAUGAUGGAGCUGACCAACGUGCAGCAGGCGGUGCAGGCCCUGCGCAUCAUGCGCAUCGCCCGCAUCUUCAAGCUGGCGCGCCACUCCUCGGGCCUGCAGACCCUCACCUACGCCCUCAAGCGCAGCUUCAAGGAGCUGGGGCUGCUGCUCAUGUACCUGGCCGUGGGCAUCUUCGUCUUCUCCGCCCUGGGCUACACCAUGGAACAGAGCCACCCGGAGACCCUGUUUAAGAGCAUCCCCCAGUCCUUCUGGUGGGCCAUCAUCACCAUGACUACCGUGGGCUACGGGGACAUCUACCCCAAGACCACGCUGGGCAAGCUCAACGCGGCCAUCAGCUUCCUGUGCGGCGUCAUUGCCAUCGCCCUGCCCAUCCACCCCAUCAUCAACAACUUCGUCAGGUACUACAACAAGCAGCGUGUCCUGGAGACCGCAGCCAAGCACGAGCUGGAGCUGAUGGAGCUCAAUUCCAGCAGCGCAGGCGAGGGCAAGGCCGGGGGCUCCCACGGUGACCUGGACAACCUCCCACCAGAGCCUCCAGGGCAGGAGGGGUCGGGCUGGAGCAGCCGGCUGAAGCUCUCCCACAGCGACACCUUCAUCCCCCUCCUGACAGAGGAAAAGCACCACAGGACCCGGCUCCAGAGUUGCAAGUGAUACGUGGGCGCCCCUGGCAGAGAUAGACUGGGCUGGUGGAUGGAUGGACAGUGUGGCGGCAUGGCAGUGACAGCUUGAGGGGGGGCUGUCCUGUGUCCCCCUGACCCUUCUUGAACAGACUCAGAAGGCCCUCCUGGGUGCCUCCGACAAGGCCGGGUAAGACUCCCUGGUGUUGCCAGCUGUCCAGGAGCAGGGAGGGAGGGUUGUGCAGGAGCCACAGGGCUGUGUGGGGUGAGUGGAGGCCGCGGCCCAGCUGGCAGCAGAGCUAUGCCAGCUUCUGUACCUCCUUCAAUAAAGCCUCCUGCUCUGUGCA